AUGGCGCCGCUCGAGCAGCAAUGGGUUAAAGUCCAGCAGAAGACGUUUACUAAAUGGCUGAACAGCAAGCUCAAAGCCCGAGAAGUUGAGAUUAAUGACCUUAUUUCAGACCUUUCGGACGGUAUUGCGCUUAUACACCUUCUCGAAAUCUUGGGAAAUGAGUCGCUCGGCCGGUAUGCCUCCCGUCCAAAGCUGCGCGUGCAAAAGUUCGAGAAUGUCAACAAGUCGCUGGACUUUAUUAAGCGGAGGGGCAUCCAGAUGACCAACAUCGGUGCCGAGGACGUAGUCGAUGGCAACAGCAAGAUUAUACUAGGCCUGAUAUGGACGCUCAUUCUCCGAUUUACUAUCAGUGAUAUCAAUGAGGAGGGAUUGAGUGCUAAGGAGGGCUUGCUGCUCUGGUGUCAAAGGAAGACGGCCUGUUACGACGAGGUCGAGGUUCGGGACUUCUCUACAAGCUGGAACGACGGGCUAGCAUUCUGCGCCCUCCUCGAUAUCCACCGGCCUGACCUAAUCGACUACGAUAGCCUAGACAAGAACGACCACCGUGGAAACAUGCAACUUGCUUUUGACAUUGCCUCCAAAGAAAUCGGCAUUCCUGACCUUCUCGACGUAGAAGAUGUCUGCGAUGUCGCUAAACCCGAUGAGCGCUCGCUCAUGACCUACAUUGCCUACUGGUUCCACGCCUUCUCGCAGAUGGAGCGAGUUGAGAACGCCGGCCGCCGUGUGGAGAAGUUUGUUCAGAAUAUGCAAGGGGCAUGGGAGAUGCAGAACAAUUUCGAGAAACGUAUGCGGGAGCUGCUCCGCCAGAUUGCCGAACAGCAACGGAAGUGGGAGGACGCUGAGUUCGAUGGUACAUAUGCGGACGCUAAGAACCAGUCGGCAGAGUUCACGGGAUACAAGCGCAAGAAUAAGAGGGCGUGGGUGGCAGAGAAGUCAGAUCUGGUCGGGCUCCUCGGGAAUAUCAAAACAAAGCUUUCCACAUAUCGCCUACGACCGUACGAACCACCGGCGGAGCUUAGCAUAGAAGCGUUAGACGUGGCGUGGGCGGGUCUCAUGAAGGCAGAACGAAAUCGAUCGCAGACGAUCAACGAAACAAUCCGGGACAUCAAGAAUGCCCUCCGUAAAUCCUUUGCCGACAAAGCAAAUGAUUUUGCCCUCGCCCUGAAUACGCUAUCAACAUCCAUCUCUGGACUAGAAGGCGACGUUGAGGACCAGCUAGAACAUACCAAGCAACUUAGCAAAUCGCUUCAGCCACUAGACCAGUACCUCAACAUCAUUGCCUCGAUAGACGACCAAUGCGUGGAAGCAAACAUUGAGGAAAACGACUUCACAACUUACACUUACGACGAGCUUGAGUAUGAGCUCGGCCUCGUCCGGUCCUCCGUCUCAAAAAAACUCGCGUUCUUGGAAAACCAGAUGGUAGCACGCAAUAUGACAAAUCUCACCCCGAUUCAGCUUGAAGAAUUCGAAUCCGUGUUCAGGCACUUUGACCGAGAUGUAUCGAACAGUCUGCAAGAGCUGGAAUUUGCAGCGGCGCUGGCAAGUCUAGGGUUGGUAUACGAUGAGAAUGAAAUGCAUGCAAAAUUCAGAGAAACAAGCGGGGGAAGAGAUUACGUAACUUUUGAACAGUUCAUCAGGUUUAUGGUGGAUGAAACUGAAGACCAAAAUACGGCUGAGCAAGUAUUCGAGUCAUUUAAGGAGGUUGCGGAUGGCAAGCCAUACGUCACCGAGCUCGACCUCCGUCACUCCCUCGUCCCAGAUGAAAUCAUCGAGGACCUUAUUUCCACAAUGCCCGAACACAAAGGCCCAGACAUGCAAGAAGACAGAAACGUACCUAAGUUCGAUUACAUCAGCUACAUGGAACGCUACAUGGGUGGCGGUCCUGGGAACGGAGCCCUGAAUGGCGAUCACUAG